UCUGUUCCCACACUUCUGAUCAUCUCUAUUCGUAUUCAUGAGAAAUGAGUUCAAGUAGAGUCUAUCCAUCAAGACCCAAGGACGUGGUGAAUCCUGAUAACGAUUCUCUUUUCGGAUCACAAGUCACUUUAACUCACAAUAAACAGGAAGACUCCAGGAGCUGCUGUACCAGAAGAUGCAUUUUAAUCGAAAUUCUCCUCCUGUUCAUUUUUGGGGCAAUUGCAGCUGCUAUAACUUGUGGGAUUAUAUUUGGGAUACCACCCAAACAGCUAAUAACCCGGCAAUGUAAAACCACCUCAGACAGAAACGGCUUCUUGUGUGAUGAUCGCACAACGUGCCUUAUGUCUACGCAGAUUUGCAACGGCAAAGUGGACUGCAGUAAUGGAGAGGAUGAAGCAAACCUAUACUGUGACAACCUACCUAUGAGCCUCCCUAAAAACUUGGUCUUCUUGUGCAGUGACCAGAAAUCCUGGACUUACAUAGACAAAAAAUGUAAUGGAAAAAAUGACUGUGGAGACUGUUCAGAUGAAUCAGCUUUGCAGUGUCCUCCCUGUUUUGGCUGGAAAUGUACUACAGUUUUCUUCAGUGACUGCGACUGCAUUCCUAAAAGUCGCUGUAAAGAUCACAUUCAGGACUGCAGUGACUGGAGUGAUGAAAAUAUCUGCAUAUAGAACAUUUUUAUAGUUGAAUGCACAGUUUCGACCUUGGACAUAGACCAAUAUACUCGUAUAUUUUCAAGAA